UGCAGCUGGAAUGGAGGCUUUCCGGACCCUAUAGAAGGCUCUCCUGAGGUCAGCCGAGUGGUUAAUGCGGAAGGUUAAGAAGCUACGCCUGGACAGCAGCGGCACAGGAAGUUGGAGAAGCUUCUCACUGAACUCUGACGGGGCGGAGAGGAUGGCCACUGGGGCCAACCGGGGUGACGCAGUAGAGAUGGAGGACCCGGCCUCCCGCUUCCAGGUCCAGAAGCACUCCUGGGACGGCCUCCGGGGCAUCAUCCACGGCAGCCGCAAGAACUCAGGCCUCAUUGUCAACAAGGCUCCACACGACUUCCAGUUUGUGCAGAAGACUGACGAGUCGGGCCCCCAUUCCCACCGCCUCUACUACCUAGGGAUGCCUUAUGGCAGCCGAGAGAACUCCCUCCUGUACUCUGAGAUUCCCAAAAAGGUCCGGAAAGAGGCUCUGCUGCUCCUGUCUUGGAAGCAGAUGCUGGAUCACUUCCAGGCCACACCACACCAUGGGGUCUACUCCCGGGAGGAGGAGCUCCUGCGAGAGCGGAAACGCCUGGGUGUCUUUGGCAUUACCUCCUAUGACUUCCACAGCGAGAGUGGCCUCUUCCUCUUCCAGGCCAGCAACAGCCUCUUCCAUUGUCGUGACGGUGGCAAAAAUGGCUUCAUGGUAUCCCCCAUGAAACCACUAGAAAUCAAGACCCAGUGCUCUGGGCCCCGGAUGGACCCCAAGAUCUGCCCUGCCGACCCUGCCUUCUUCUCCUUCGUCAACAACAGUGACCUGUGGGUAGCCAACAUUGAGACAGGCGAGGAGCGGCGGCUGACCUUCUGCCACAGAGGUUUAUCCAACGUCCUUGAAGACCCCAAAUCUGCAGGUGUAGCUACUUUUGUCAUCCAGGAAGAAUUUGAUCGCUUUACUGGUUACUGGUGGUGUCCCACGGCCUCCUGGGAGGGUUCAGAAGGCUACAAGACACUGCGAAUCCUAUAUGAGGAGGUCGACGAGUCUGAGGUAGAGAUAAUUCACGUUCCCUCUCCCGCACUAGAAGAAAGGAAGACAGACUCCUACCGAUACCCCAGGACAGGCAGCAAGAAUCCCAAGAUCGCCUUGAAACUGGCUGAAUUUCAGACCGACAGUGAGGGCAAGAUCAUCUUGACUCAGGAAAAGGAGCUGGUGCAGCCCUUCAGCACGCUCUUCCCUAAGGUGGAAUACAUCGCCAGGGCUGGCUGGACGCGGGACGGCAAGUACGCCUGGGCCAUGUUCCUGGACCGGCCCCAGCAGCAACUGCAGCUUGUCCUCCUCCCGCCAGCCCUGUUCAUCCCCACCACCAAGAACGAGGAGCAGCGAGUCGCCUUCGCCAGAGCUGUCCCCAGGAAUGUCCAGCCAUAUGUGGUGUAUGAAGAGGUCACUGACGUGUGGAUCAACGUUCAUGACAUCUUCUAUCCCUUCCCCCAAUCAGAGGGAGAGGACGAGCUCUGCUUCAUCCGUGCCAACGAAUGCAAGACUGGCUUCUGCCACUUAUACAAGGUCACUGCCAUUCUGAAACCCAGUGGCUAUGAUUGGACUGAGCCCUUCAGCCCUGGGGAAGAUGAAUUUAAAUGCCCUAUCAAGGAGGAGGUCGCGCUGACCAGCGGUGAAUGGGAAGUGUUGGCAAGGCAUGGCUCCAAGAUAUGGGUCAAUGAGGAGACGAAGCUGGUGUAUUUCCAAGGUACGAAGGACACACCGCUGGAACACCACCUCUACGUGGUCAGCUAUGAGUCAGCUGGUGAGAUUGUACGCCUCACCACACCGGGCUUCUCCCACAGCUGCUCCAUGAGCCAGAACUUCGACAUGUUCAUCAGCCACUACAGCAGCGUGGGCACUCCGCCCUGUGUGCACGUCUACAAGCUGAGCGGCCCCGACAGCGACCCCCUGCACAAGCAGCCCCGGUUCUGGGCCAGCAUGAUGGAGGCAGCCAGCUGUCCUCCUGAUUAUGUGCCACCGGAAAUCUUCCACUUCCACACACGGUCGGAUGUGCGACUGUAUGGCAUGAUCUACAAGCCUCACUCUGUGCAGCCAGGGAAGAAGCACCCCACCGUCCUCUUUGUGUAUGGAGGCCCCCAGGUGCAGCUGGUGAAUAACUCCUUCAAGGGAAUCAAGUACUUGCGGCUCAACACGCUGGCGUCCCUGGGCUACGCUGUGGUGGUGAUCGACGGCAGGGGCUCGUGCCAGCGGGGGCUUCAGUUUGAAGGGGCCCUGAAAAACCAAAUGGGCCAGGUGGAGAUCGAGGACCAGGUGGAGGGCUUGCAGUUCGUGGCUGAGAAGUACGGCUUCAUAGACCUCAGCCGGGUUGCCAUCCACGGCUGGUCGUACGGAGGCUUCCUCUCGCUCAUGGGGCUGAUCCACAAGCCCCAAGUGUUCAAGGUGGCGAUCGCGGGUGCCCCGGUCACUGUCUGGAUGGCUUACGACACAGGGUACACGGAGCGCUACAUGGACAUCCCGGAGAACAACCAGCUCGGCUACGAGGCCGGCUCCGUGGCCCUGCACGUGGAAAAGCUGCCCAACGAGCCCAACCGCCUGCUCAUCCUGCACGGCUUCCUGGAUGAGAACGUGCACUUUUUCCACACAAACUUCCUCGUCUCCCAGCUGAUCCGAGCAGGAAAACCUUACCAGCUCCAGAUCUACCCCAAUGAGAGACACAGCAUCCGCUGCCCCGAGUCUGGCGAGCACUAUGAAGUCACACUGCUGCACUUUCUACAGGAAUACCUCUGAGCCCCCACCCCACAGCGGGUUGGGCCUGCACAUUCAGAGCACAAGUGGCUUCUGUGCCGCCGCCACCACCAGUGGGGACCAGCCAGGAGUGACCCCCCCACCCUGCUGGAGAGCCCUGCCUUCUCUGCCUGAAUGCCUUUUAUCGUUUUCUUAAUGCUCCCGGGUGUUUUGCCUGCUGCUUCUUGGUUGCCAGGAUGGAGAGAUGAGGCUGGUAUAUCCGUGAGGCCCUCCCUCAAGCCACCCGCUCCUCUCCCUUGGCCGGGAGGAGGAGGCCUCGACUCCGGAACUCUGGAGCAGCCAGGCCAGAAGAGACUCAAGGCGCCGGGCACUUCCACCUCAUGCUCCCCACCAUCUCGGCCCUGGCUGCCCCCCACCCAGCACAGAAGCAUGCCUUGCCUCCCCCACCACCCCACUUCAUAUUUGUGUUUUGUUUUGGGGGUCGUUUUUCAUAAUUAUUUGAAAGAAAAGAAGCAGGGUCUGCUGCCUGGUAUUGGGGUUCAACCCAGCCAGUCCUGUGGGGGGUGUGAGUCGUGCCCUAGAGUCUGUGAACGUCGGGCAUCUCUGCUGGGGAACCCCCUGCCCUUCUUUUCCCUGGUGGGCGGCUGCUGCCCACUCUCUGGCCCAGCCAUCAGGCUCUCCUUUCUGCCUGACCCACACAAAACGGGGUUCUAGGGGUGGAAGUGGAACCAUACCCCCUCAGGGUUGUUCUCCCCUCCCCUUCCUUUCCUCCCUGCCAAGACUUCUGCCAGGCACGGGGGGGGAGAAAACAACCCACCAGAAAAGAACCACCUCUACAUAUUAUGGAAAGAAAAUAUUUUUGUCGAUUCUUAUUCUUUUAUAAUUAUGCGUGUAAGAAGUAGAGUCAUUAAAUGAUUCCAGACGGAAGUGUGGCCCUUGCCUGAAGUUCCUUCUAAGCCCGGGCUGGUGACGGCGCCUCAGGAGGCCAGGAAGGUG